AUGGUCCUCGCCGCGCUCGCGGAGGCGACGAUCGGGCGGUGCGUCGCGCUCGGGUCCACCGUGGUGGACGCGAGCGCGCGAGCGCUCGGGUCGAUGCGCGCGCUCGGGGCGCACGCGCAGGCGCACGCGCAGGCGAAGGCGGCGACGACGGCGAUCACGGAUGGGGUUGAUUUUCGACCGCACACCGAUACGUCGUGCUUCCUGACGCCGUACAGGGAGAGCGAGGCGGCGACGGCGAUGAUGACGGUGUUCGUGUUGGGAUGCGUGUUGGGCGCGGUGCCGCAGUACUUGAAACUGUUCGCGUUGCGGAACGCGGUGGGGUUAUCUCUGACGUCGUUGGCGCUGAUGAACGUGUCGAAUAUGUGCGCGACGAUGAACGUGUUCGUGUUGCACUACGAACAGAUCAGGCGGUGCGCGAGAGGGGCGACGGGGUACGAGACGGAGCGAUGUCGAACGAGCUUGUUGACGGUGUACUACACGGCGAUAUACACGAUGUUGUGGCUGCCGUUGUUCCCGCUCGCGGCGCAUUACACGAGCGAGGAGAAGAUAGAUCACUGCGGGAGGGUGAUGACGCGGCGUAAGUGGGCGUGGUAUGGGUUCACGGCGCACUGCUUCCCCAUCGCGCUCUUGGCGGCGCCCGUGGUGCGGAUGUUGUUUGGGAAGACGUGUUACGAUUUGGAGUCGUACGCCAUAGUCUUAGGUUUAUUGAACGCGGUGUUGGAGACGGUUAGAUACGUGCCGCAGUUAUGGGAGUCGAUCCACUCCCAAGGGUCGGGGGCGAUGAGUUACCUGCGGUUGCUCUUGUCCAUCGGCGGUGGUUUAGGGGCGACGAUACAAAAGGCGGUGAUGAAGGAGUCGUGGUCCACGUGGGGACCUCCGCUCGUGGGACACGGAUUGGAGGUGGCCAUCUUCGGCGUGAAUUUGUACAACGACACGCACAGGCGUCGGUCUGGCGCGCGAGGCGAUGGUGAAACUUCUGGAUUAACGGAUACGACGGAGUCCAAGGAUGAAGACGACGACUCGGCGGAAGAAGAUUGGGUCAAAGGCAUUCCCGCCGACGUCGGUCUGGGGGAGAAGGGAGCGUACGUGUACCAACGCAUGUGCACCGAUAAGCACUUCUUCACCUCCCUCGUGAAAUAUUUGUAA